AUGCGUUUUUUAUCCUUGGCCAAUUUGUUCUUCUUCUUUGCUUUGGUUAUGGUUCUUCAUGGUAAAUUAAUUCAAAAACGAGAUACAAAUGAAAUAUUGGGUAUGCGUACAAAUAAUGAUGCUAAUUCUGAUGAAGAAGCUGCAUCCAAUACGGGUUCGUCUGGUCCAUAUCGCCAAAUAGCUCGAAUACGAAAUCGUUAUAAGUUUGGAAAAAAAUAA